UGUUUACUUGGCAGUGGUCAGAGUGUUAUCGUACGCUCUCGCUCUUGCAAGCGGGCGCUUGUUCACUAUGAAAUCUCGGCAUCUUAUCGUUUUUUAAAGGAAUGGGUGUCCUUAACAAAUCCCGCACGUUUUGGUCUUGGUUUUUAUGAAUGUCUAAAUGAAUAGUAUCGGGAUUUUUUCCUGUUAACCGGAAAUUUUGUGACCAGUGUUGUGUUGUGACGUCGUCGUCGGCGUUCCAGAGUUCUUGAUCAAGCCUCUAGGAAGUUUUAUCUCUUUUCAAACUCCCACCACAGCAUCAUCAUGGACUGAAGCUAGCGAAGGAAAUAAGUUUGAUUUUUGUUUCGUUCAUCCUUGUUUUUAUUUUUUUUUUUAUUUUGUGAUCAAACUUUAAGAAGAAAGAUUGUAGCUUUUAAAACUACCAGAACGUGACCACAACCGCUAUGGCUUGGUUGAGUUUUGACCAGUUUUUGAAGUAUGGGGGUGGGGGAGGGGGUGGAAGAAGAAGUGACCAUUGGACAUGCAGUGGAUUGAUAUUAUUACAUUUAUUUUGUAUGAGCCUGUUACCUUGUGCUGUGCUAACAGACGACCAGUUCCCCGGUAACAAUGGUUAUGUGGAGGUUCCUUGCUGUACACAUCACUUCAGACAUCACAAAGACCAUGUGCGAGAAUUCUCCUGUGGACGUCUAUAUUACCGCACUUUCCACAUGGACGAGGCGCGGGACACACUCUACGUUGGUGCCAUGGACAAGGUCAUUAGAGUUAACAUGAACAACGUCAGCCAGACGAAUUGUGAGACCGAUGCUAUGAUGUUGGAGCCAACCAGUGUCUCGAACUGCGUUUCAAGGGGCAAAUCUGAGCAUUUUGACUGCAGAAACCACAUACGCGUCAUCCAGCCCAUGUCGAAAAACAGACUUUAUAUUUGUGGCACCAACGCUCAUAACCCCAAGGAUUGGGUUAUCUACGCUAACCUAACCCGUCUCGCCCGCCACGAGCACGUCCCGGGCAUCGGUCCGGGAGUAGCCAAGUGUCCUUUUGAUCCGAUGGAUAACAGCACGGCCGUGUGGGUCGAGCACGGAAACCCGGGCAAACUCCCUGGUCUCUAUUCCGGCACUGUCGCAGAGUUCACGAAAGCCGACACUGUCAUCUUCAGGGCCGAUCUCUACAACUUCACGUCCAAGAGGCGCGAGUUCCCCUUCAAGAGGACCAUCAAGUACGACUCCAAGUGGCUCGACAAACCCAACUUCGUCGGGUCAUACGAAGUCGGAGAGUACGUGAUGUUCUUCUUCCGGGAGACUGCAGUGGAAUACAUCAAUUGCGGCAAGAAUGUGUACUCGCGCGUGGCUCGAGUGUGCAAGAGCGACACUGGAGGCAAGAACAUCCUGACGCAGAACUGGGCCACUUACCUGAAGGCGCGCCUCAACUGCUCAAUACCGGGAGAGUUCCCUUUUUACUUCAACGAGAUCCAAUCCGUGUACAAAAUACCGGGCGACGACUCGAGGUUUUACGCCGUGUUCACGACGAGUAUGAACGGACUAAUGGGGUCGGCCAUUUGCACCUUCACGCUCAGCGACAUCCAAGAUGCCUUCCUCGGUAGAUUCAAAGAGCAGGCAACUUCCUCGUCAGCCUGGUUGCCCGUCCUCACCUCCAAGGUGCCUGAACCCAGACCCGGGCAGUGUGUCAACGAUACCCAGACUCUUCCAGACAAUGUGUUGACGUUCCUUCAGUCUCAUCCACUAAUGGACGAAGCAGUUGCCCACGAGCACAAUAAACCAGUGUUUUUCAAGCGGGACCUCAUCUUCACUCACCUGGUGGUCGAUAAAGUUACCGGGGGAACGUAUGGCCAGGAGAACACUUACACUGUUUUCUAUGCCGGGUCAUUGGAAGGCCGAGUUUACAAAGUAGUGGAGUGGCUUGAUGCUGAAGAAGAAUCCCAUUCAGAGCUUUUAGAUGUUUAUGAAGUAACCACUCCAGAACCCAUCAGAGCUAUUCAGAUAUCAAAGAAGCACAAGUCAUUGUAUGUGUCAUCUGAUACAAGAGUUCGUCAGGUAGAUCUCUUCAUGUGUCAUGGCCGUUAUGAUAACUGUCUUCGGUGUUCUCAUGACCCAUACUGUGGGUGGGAUAAGGAUGCUAAUAUGUGCAAGCCUUAUCAGCCAGGACUCUUGCAAGAUGUGACAGGCUCAACUCCAGGCCUAUGUGAUGCAUGCAUUGCCAAGAAGAAAAUGGUUGUUACCUGGGGUCAGAGUAUCCAUUUAGGUUGUGCUGUGAAACUUCCUCGACCAAUCUCUCUCAAGGACAUUACAUGGCAUCAUUAUUCCAAGGACAAGGGGAAAUAUCAGAUCAGAUACAGGCCAGACAAAUACAUAGAAACUUCUGAACAUGGGUUGGUGGUGAUGAAUGUUAAUGAAGCUGAUGCUGGCCGCUAUGACUGCAAGAUGGGUGGAGAUAUAGUAUGCUCAUAUAAUAUUACUGUAGAUGCUCAUCGUUGCUCUGCUCCAGCUCGUACUAAUGACUUCCAGAAGGUUUACAGUGAUUGGUGCCAUGAAUUUGAAAAAUACAAGUUAGCAAUGAAAACUUGGGAAAGAAAACAAGCACAAUGUGCCAAUAGGAAUAACAUCAGCCAGCAGAAUAGUCAUCCAAAUGAUAUUUAUGCUGCCAGGAGUAAUCCAUUUGUCUGAUCAAGUUGAAGAACUGUCAACUGAGUGCACAAGAAAAGAUCGAUUCAGAAAGUCAAGUUCUUGUCUUUUUAAAGAGUAAUUGGCACAGUUUUGUUGAAAAAAUAUCCUGAAUGUUUUCCUUAAUUGUAAAACCUGAAAGUUGACUAACUUCCUUUUGAAGUAUACUGUAAUUAUUUCUAUAAAAAUCAUCUGAAAGUAAUUUGUUCAGUACAGAUUUCAUUAGAUAUUCAAAAUAGAUUUUUCUGACUUGGUUAUGGUGCCACCAAGAGUAAGGGUGCUAGUAAGAGUCGGUGCAGGAUGCACACACUAUUGUCUCUAAAAUGAGGAAGGUUUGACAGGCAACUUGACUCCAAUACUCCAAUAAUAAUCAGGGUACCGUUAGUUAAUGACUGUAUUCAAUUUUAUUUUUUGCUACUCCUAACAAGAUCUAACUUAGAUGUUUUAUUGUGUGACAGGAGUUCGAUAGGUCUAGUUCUUGCUCGUGGACAAUCGCCUGUGGGCAUUAUUGCUUCUGCAUUUCAAGAGCUUAAGUGCAGUGGAUCUUUUAGAACUUCAAAAAUUUAGUUAUUUCAAGUGUAAAAGAAAGAACCCAUGAGAUAUGGACUUCCAAACAUAUCCUUUCUGAAAGGAGGCCACUCUCACCCCGUAGUGUGACAAAGGACACACGUUAAGUGAAAAAUUUUUUGAUCCCAGCUACUGGAAUGGUGCAUAUGAAAAAAAAAAAAUGGUUCCUGGUAAGUUUUCAGUGGUGAUGAAGCUAUAAAUUGAAAGGAUAAGGUUAUUCUUUUCAAGGAUGAGGAAAACAUAAGUAUAAUUUAAAAAUGUGGAAAUAUUUUAUGUAACAGUUUAGAUUCUUUUGAAAGAUUUAACCUAAAAUAAUCAUUAUACCCUAAAAUAUAAAAAUUUCUUAAACAUUAGUGUACUGUUAUUCCAUUCAUGUCUCUUUAAUCAUAUAUUUUGUAAGUUUUCCAAACUACCUCUGCCUUUUGACGAAUGUUAAAUAACAAAGAAGUUAGUGGAGGACUAUAGAUAAAAACGAGUAUCAGGAAGACUCCAUCCAGUAAUUUUUAGUGUGGUUCCUGGGGCAUAAAAUGGGAUCACCUAAUGGAAGCAUAAUAAGUGAAUGAUGUUCCACAUAUGGUACCAGUAAAAUACAUAUUCAAGGAGGGAUGGCUUCAGUGAAGUGUUAAAAAAAAAAAGAUGUGAUGAUGUGUGGAGAAUUCUUUUAUACAAUCUAAUUUUUAGAAAAUCUUGUAAUAUUCACAUACUGUACUGGAACUUUCUCUUGAGUUGACCUUUUUUGAUAAAGACGAGUGCUAGAGUAAUAAUAGCCUAGUUUCUUUAUUUUUUCAUAUAAAAAUAUCUAUUCCUCACCCUCUUAAGUUUUAAUGGGACUAUCACUCAUAUUUAUUUUGUGUUCAACUUAAAAAUUAGCUCAUCUCUUGAGAAAGUUUCAUUUCACAUGCCGAUCCACGCUAUUUUCAUUUUCUGUCCUGUGAUACGCGCCAAUUUUGUAAGACUCGUACAUAAUGAUAUUGCUCCAUAUAAGCAGGCUAGCAACUUGGAUGUAAGUAAUCAAUUGUAAAUAUGUGUGUAUCUGCUGUUCAUUUCCUUAGAAAGAAAAUCAAUUUACAGCCUGCUACACCUGUCAGUAAUUUGCUAGAAUGGCCAAUAUGAUUUUUUCUCGUUUUUUUAUAUUUUUAUUAGAAGUAAGAAAUUUUCCAGGUUAAUGGGAUGUUCAAAAUUUAUAGAUAUACAGUACAUAAAUAUAAUAAAUAUAUAUAUUUUGCAACAAAACUAAGGUUACUGUAUUUAAUGUUCAGUCCCUCCAGUAGACAAUUCAAAUUAAUUUUUUGCAUGCAUUGCCACUUCUAGCAUGAAUUACCGGUAUUUCUCUGCUUGUUCUGGGUUGUGAAUGAUUGGGCUACUGUGGAAAAUUAUCUAAUGUGGCACAUAUAACUAACUGGUUUUAAUUUUUUCUGAUUAAAGUUACAGACUUUAAUGUAAAUUAAAAUAAUUUUUUUUUUUUUUUUUUUAGCCACAAUGCAAUUUCUAUUUCAUUGUACGUACUGUAUUCACAAAACAGCUUUUAACACUGCAUUUGUAGUUUUUAUUUACUUUUAAUUUUGCUUUUUAUUAGGUAUUUAAAUAAGUUUGCUUCUUAUUAGGUAUUUAAUUAUUAUUUGCUGUUCUUGACUGUAUAUUGAUUUCACCAAAAUUAAAGAAAACAUUGGUUAAAAUGUGUGUAGGCUAUGGUCUAGGAGUUUGUAACAAGAAAAUAUUCCUGUAAAAUAAAAUUUCUUUUUUGUAA